CGGCUGCGAAGCGUCUGGAACUGCAUCCUCCGCAUCCGCAUCCUCAUCCUCGUCCUCCUGCCACCGCGUCCUGCAGCAGCUGCCAGGGGGAGCCGGAGCCGCCUGUGAGCCCUUUGCUCAUUUCCCCUCGUGGAGUGGGGAGUGGGGGCCCGAGUGUGGGACGAGGACCACUGUUCACCAUGGUGAAGCUGGGUUGCAGCUUCUCUGGGAAGCUGGGAGAAGACCCUGGAGACCAAGAUGGCACUGCCCUGGACAGCAUCCCUCUGAUCAGCCCCCUGGAUGUCAGCCAGCUCCAGCCAGCAUUCCCUGACCAGGUGGUCAUCAAGACACAGACAGAGUACCAGUUGUCCUCCCCAGACCAGCUGAAGAACUUUCCUGACCUGGAGGGUCAGAAGGUGACCUGCAGCCACCCAGAGGAAGCGCGCAAGCUGCCCACAGCUCGGAUGAUCGCCUUUGCCAUGGCACUUCUGGGCUGCGUCCUGAUCAUGUACAAGGCCAUCUGGUACGACCAGUUCACCUGCCCAGAUGGCUUCCUGCUUCGGCACAAGAUCUGCACGCCGCUGACCCUGGAGAUGUACUACACCGAGAUGGACCCCGAGCGCCACCGCAGCAUCCUGGCGGCCAUUGGGGCCUACCCACUGAGCCGCAAGCACGGCACGGAAAUGCCCGCGGCCUGGGGGGACAACUACCGCGCCGUCAAGGAGGAGCGCAAGACACCCACCCAGGCGGCGGCGGUGGCAGCCACCGUGCCCCCCGGGCAGCCCUCGGCCCAGGAUGAGCAGGAGCAGGCGCAGCAGGUGGCCGGGAGCGCGGCUCCCCUGUCCCCGCAGUGACGGCCUUCGCGGCCCGCAGCCCGGCCUGGUGACCUCCAGCCAGCUCCUGUGACCAGCGCGCUGCCUGAUGCUGUCCCUCCUGGUGUUUGUGCCCCUGCCCCAGGCUCCCUCGCUGAAGUCCUCGCCCCCCAUGGGCCUCUGGCCCUGUCGCUUUUCUCUAAGUAAAGAUUCACAUCCA